AUGGGUGGUGUCUGCUCCUGUCGAGGUCUCGGUAGCCAGGUUAACGCUGGCUCGAUUCUCGAUCGUGUGAUCAGUCAAGCGAGCGACGAGGAUCAAUGUUUGCUAUAUCGUCUGGCCAAUUACAAGAAGAGUGGCGAGCUGAUAGACGCGUACAAUCAAGGUGGCCAGGCAGAGGUGGAAAAAUUGAUCAGGGAACAGUUUGGUGUACUGAUGUACGCGGACGGCAAGGGUCAGAUGAUCAAUCGGGCAGAGUAUCUGCGCUGGAAAUUCCGGGACCUGGAACAGGUCGUGCUUCCUAUAGAAGCUUCCUUGUCACGAUUCGAUCCUCUGGCUCAAUGGAACGAUCACCAGGCAUGCUGGCAGAUGCAAUACAGAGGUUCCCUCGGAGAAACCCUCUUGCAUGUUCUGAUCAUAUGCGAUACCAGGUUACAUACACGGCUGGCGCGUAUCCUGCUCAAGUGCUUUCCACGAUUGGCCAUCGACGUAGUAGAGGGCGAGGAAUACCUCGGUGCUAGUGCUCUACACCUGGCGAUCGCGUACAAUAAUAACGAACUGGUGCAAGACCUCGUUGAAGUGGGUGCGAUUAUUUCUCAACGCGCGAUCGGCAGUUUUUUCCUACCCAGAGAUCAACAACGAAUGAACCCGGCCAAGAAUACCGAUUACGAAGGAUUAGCCUACUUAGGAGAGUAUCCUCUUGCCUGGGCCGCCUGCUGCGCGAACGAGAGCGUUUAUAACUUGCUGCUCGACUCCGGUGCGGAUCCUGACGAACAGGAUUCUUUUGGCAAUAUGAUACUGCACAUGGUGGUAGUUUGUGAUAAACUGGACAUGUUCGGGUAUGCCCUCCGCCAUCCAAAGCUUCCAGCUCGCAAUGGGAUCGUGAAUGCCGCUGGACUGACCCCAUUGACCCUCGCCUGCCAGCUGGGUCGUGCAGAGGUCUUCCGGGAGAUGUUGGAACUGUCUGCACGAGAAUUCUGGCGCUACAGUAAUAUCACCUGCUCGGCGUACCCCCUCAAUGCACUCGACACGCUGUUACCCGACGGCAGAACAAACUGGAACUCUGCGCUAUUUAUCAUUCUGAACGGUACCAAGGAGGAACACUUGAACAUGCUGGACGGUGGUAUUAUUCAGCGAUUACUCGAGGAAAAAUGGAAGACCUUUGCGCGGUUACAGUUCUUGAAGCGUUUGAUCAUCCUGGUAUUUCACCUGACAUCACUGUCUCUGGCCGUCUACUUAAGACCCUCAAACCUCGAUACGGUUCUCCUGAAGUGGCCAGAGGAAGUAACAGAAGUUGGUCGAACCAUAGCUGAGUGUAUCACCGUGCUAGGCGUCCUGAGUUAUAUUUUAGUGCAACUGGGCGGUGAAAUCAUCAACAUCGGUGUUCUCUCGUUCCUGAAGCAGCUGAGUCACGAGCCCGCCAAACUGAUAUUUCUGAUCAGCAACUUGCUCAUACUGGCGUGCAUUCCGUGUCGUCUUGCUGGAAACAGGCAUGCGGAAGACGCAAUCCUCGUCGUUGCUGUUCCUGGUUCCUGGUUCCUUUUGAUGUUUUUUGCUGGCGCUAUCCGGCUGACCGGUCCAUUCGUCACCAUGGUCUACAGCAUGAUAACCGGCGACAUGUUGACCUUCGGAAUAAUCUACAUGGUUGUGCUGUUCGGUUUUUGCCAGUCGUUCUACUUUUUGUACAAAGGCUUUCCAGGAGUGAAAUCAUCCCUCUAUAGUUCCUAUCACUCGACAUGGAUGGCACUGUUUCAAGUAACCCUCGGCGAUUAUAACUACACAGAUCUUAGUUACACAACGUAUCCGAAUUUAUCGAAGAUGGUGUUCACUAUAUUCAUGGUCCUGGUGCCUAUACUACUCCUGAACAUGCUAAUUGCCAUGAUGGGCAACACUUACGCACACGUGAUUGAGCAAAGCGAGAAGGAGUGGGUGAAGCAAUGGGCGAAAAUCGUGGUCUCUCUGGAGCGAGCAGUAUCUCAAAAAGACGCUCAGAAUUAUUUGCAAGAAUACAGUAUUAAAUUAGGACCUGGAGAUGACCCGAACAACCCAGCGUCGGAGCAACGUGGUGUUCUGGUGAUUAAAAGUAAAUCGAAAACCAAGGCAAAGCAACGCAAAGGUGCUGUUGCUAACUGGAAGCGUGUCGGAAAAGUGACGAUCAACGAAUUAAGAAAACGUGGAAUGACGGGAGAAGAGUUACGACGAAUAAUGUGGGGUCGAGCCUCUUUUUCGACACCAGUUAGAGUAAGUCCAAAUGUAGAUGAACCUCAGGUUUCAGCGGUAACUGCUGGUUUUGGGGAUGCAUUAACAGCAGCACUGGACGUUAUGGCGUUUGCCCAUGACUUGGACCUCUCCACUGCCACAGAAUCGAUUCCUACUAAUAUUGACGUAAAACAAUCGAAACCAAAGGUUGUCAGCAGCGAACAAACCAAAUUAACGACAAAUAAUCAAGAAAAACCAUCGAUAACAGAAAAAGCUGCCACGGAGAUCGCGAAUAAACAAGUAAACGCUAAAGAUGAGACCAAUAAGAAACCUAAUGAAGUUGUCGACGUUGAGAAAAUGAAUGUGAAGAAUGCAAACAAUUCAAGCACAGUUGAAGAGUAUCAUGAUCUGUUUUUGGAAUUUGUGAUUGCUUCGGAAAGUAUGAACGAUCCUGAAACGCUACUAAAAAUGGCGGAACGUGUUGCUGCAGAAUUUGAUUCGUCUGCGAAUCCCAAAAUAAAUUUGCAAAUUUUGGAACAGUUCACGAUGACGAAAAUACCGAUGGAGGAACAAGCUGCAGCUGUUAAGAAACAAUAUUUUAUCGAAUCCAGCGAUAACGAUUUUGGCGGCGACAACUUGCUAGGAACGGUGGCCCGUUUACGUAGAAUAAGAUCAGCUAACAGCAGAUUUAUCACGGCACGGAGACAUUCACGGCAUGUCAAUGACGACAUGUCAUCGACGUCUUCCGCAUCCGGCGACGGAAAUCCUCGAUACCAGCAGUUGCUAAACGACACUGAAGAGGUACCGUCGAAUCAACGGACCGAAAAUCGAGAUGAGUCAAUCGUGGCGAACAAAUCGGAAGUAAAACAAAACGAUGCUAACUGCGGAUCGAGGUGCAAAGCUCAGAAGCGUCGACCAAAAACUGCUAGAAACAGGGUAUCGCCGAAGGAAACGGAGGAUUCCGGCCAAAGGAGAAGAGAAUCGAUGGAGCGGAAUAAGGCGGUUUCACCGGCGACAUCGCCCACCGAUCCGCUCGAGCCAUGGAGCACACGCGGAAUUAAAGACAUGAACACGAUAUUGGCUUGGGAGGAAAAUGUGCCGGACAGUCCUUAACGAAACUUUACGAUAUUAUGCGCCAUGUUCUCCGAUGGGUUGGCCAAAACGAACGCUGUUUUUGCGGCGACGGCAAAGCGGAAGCGAUCCACGAAACUGGUAAUUCGGGAAUUUCCUUGGGCACAACGUGU